CGGCGGAGGGGCGGCGGCGUCCCAGGGCGAGGCGCUGACGUGAGUUCGGCGCACCUGGGUUGGGCAGGUAAGGGCCGGUGCGGGACGCGGAGCCGAGCUCCAAGACUCUCCCUGCGCAAAGCCAGGUGUGCUUGCCGGACCGAUCAAGGAGAGCGGUGGCGACGGGGGAUCUUAACUGGGGACGUGGUUCGGAGGGACGUCCGCUUCUUGUCGCCGGACUGAGAAUAGAGUCUUUGGCCAGCACAGAGGAAGGAGAGCUGACUCGAGGCCCAGCUCUUUAGAUCCCCGUGGAUACACUGCCCGCUCAUCUCUAUCAUGGCCCUCCACCCCCGCAGAGUUCGGCUGAAGCCCUGGCUGGUGGCCCAGGUGGAUAGUGGCCUGUACCCCGGGCUCAUUUGGCUACACAGGGACUCCAAACGCUUCCAGAUUCCCUGGAAACAUGCCACCCGGCAUAGCCCCCAACAAGAGGAGGAAAAUACCAUUUUCAAGGCCUGGGCUGUGGAGACAGGGAAGUACCAGGAAGGGGUGGAUGACCCUGACCCAGCUAAAUGGAAGGCCCAGCUCCGCUGUGCUCUCAACAAGAGCAGGGAAUUCAACCUGAUGUACGAUGGCACCAAGGAGGUACCCAUGAACCCAGUGAAGAUAUACCAAGUGUGUGACAUCCCGCAGCCUCAGGGAUCAAUCAUUAACCCAGGAUCCACUGGAUCUGCUCCUUGGGAUGAGAAGGAUAAUGAUGUAGAUGAAGAAGAUGAAGAAGAUGAGCUUGAUCAGUCACAGCACCAUGUUCCCAUCCAGGACACUUUCCCCUUCCUGAACAUCAAUGGUUCUCCCAUGGCACCAGCCAGUGUGGGCAACUGCAGCCCUGAAGCAGUGUGGCCCAAAACUGAGCCUCUGGAAAUAGAUGUACCCCAGGCACCUAUACAGCCCUUUUAUAGCUCUCCAGAGCUGUGGAUCAGCUCUCUCCCAAUGACUGACUUGGACAUCAAGUUUCAGUACCGUGGGAAGGAAUAUGGGCAGACCAUGACCGUGAGCAACCCCCAGGGCUGCCGGCUCUUCUAUGGGGACCUGGGUCCCAUGCCUGACCAAGAGGAACUCUUUGGUCCCGUCAGUCUGGAGCAGGUGAAGUUCCCAGGUCCAGAGCAUAUCACCAAUGAGAAGCAGAAGCUGUUCACCAGUAAGCUGCUAGACGUCAUGGACAGAGGACUGAUCCUGGAGGUCAGCGGUCAUGCCAUUUAUGCCAUCAGGCUGUGCCAGUGCAAAGUGUACUGGUCUGGGCCAUGUGCCCCAUCGCUUGUUGCCCCCAACCUGAUUGAGAGACAAAAGAAGGUCAAACUAUUUUGCCUGGAAACGUUCCUUAGUGAUCUCAUUGCCCACCAGAAAGGACAGAUAGAGAAGCAGCCACCAUUUGAGAUCUACUUAUGCUUUGGGGAAGAAUGGCCAGAUGGGAAACCCUUGGAAAGGAAACUCAUCUUGGUUCAGGUUAUUCCAGUGGUAGCUCGGAUGAUCUACGAGAUGUUUUCUGGUGAUUUUACACGGUCCUUUGACAGUGGCAGUGUCCGCCUGCAGAUCUCAACUCCAGACAUCAAAGAUAACAUCGUUGCUCAACUGAAGCAGCUGUACCGCAUCCUCCAAACCCAAGAAAGCUGGCAGCCCAUGCAGCCCGCCCCCAGCAUGCAACUCCCCCCUGCCCUGCCAGCCCAGUAAUCAUGAAUGCCAUCUUUUUUUACAAUAUUGUACAUAGCAGUAUUUUUUAUUAUUCAGAUUUACCCAGCUUUUGAACCUCUUCCUUCUAACAAUGUUAGUGGCCUUCGAUUCUCCACAGUAUGCCUGGCUUUUAAAGUUGAUUUAAUUUAUGGAAAAAAAUCACCUUUCAUAGUCCCCCUUUCUUUUUGAAACCUCCCAGUGUUAGUGUAAUGUAGUAGAGGGAGAUUUGGCCUGGGACUUUGGACACCAGCAUUCUAGCUGCAGUGCUCUGCUUCAGUGACCUUGAACUACCAACUCAUUUAACCUCUAGGCUUCAGAUUAAUUCCUGUAAAACGAAGGGGUUGGAACAGUGCCUGAAAUAAUGCCAGUUAAAACUCUGACCUGAUGACUUCAUUCUACUUGUACAAGGCAUACCGGCCUGGAAUAGAACCUUUCUGCAUUGUUCUUGCAUCAUAUUUUUUUCUUGCUUUCAUUAAAGUUCCCUCAAGCACUGAUUUGUCCAAGAUUGAUCUCCGUUUGACCUGUUCUGCUAGUAUAGGAAGCUGGCUCCCUGACGGAGUAAGUGAGAGGGAGGGGAGCUGGCUGGUUGCUUAGGAACCAAGCUUGAUAUCUAAAUAGAAAUAGGUGCCAAAGUCUGAAAAGUCACCUGGUCUGUGGAGUAAAUGCUCAUAAACAGCUCCUCAAGGGAAUCUGUCAGCAGAAGGCCUAGGGAUUCUGCACAGUUGGUUGUCAGGUGUUUACCUUGCCACCACUCAAUAACACUCAGAAUGUGGUAGGUGAGAGUGCAUGACUCAGUGGUACCUUUCAGAGAGGAUAGAGCUUUUUCUUCUUUCUUCUUUGAGGAAGAGCUGGGAGUGAGCUGGGCAUCUAGGACAAAUUUCUGACUAAAAAAGGGACAGUUCCUUUUUGUUUUAAAACUUACAGUUUUGCUAUCGUUUGGACUUUUUGCAGUUGAAAAAUUGGGGUAUUCAGGGUGAAGGAGGACUGGGCAGUGCUCUUCUGCCAAAGGCUCAUCUGGCCCAAAUCUACUUGUCCCCUUUCUUGUGGAGGUAGCUGGGUGUGAACUAUUCAGGUGAAGAGUGGUGUAGAACACUGUAGCUAUGGCUGCCACAGACUGGUCUUAUCUAUUAACUCUUGCUCCAUCUUCCAUUUUUUUGCCUUACCCCCAACCUUUAAAAAAAAAAAAAGACAGUAUAAUUUAAACUCCAAGACCUAAAUGGAAAGCAAGAUAUUAAUCUCUGGUUGCAGGCCUCUAAGGCUCUUGAAUACUGAUGCCUCUUUGUGCCAGGCCAUUACAAGAAAACCCAUGUCUAGUGUACUACCCUUAAACUAGGCCAUCCAGGCCAUUCCCUACUUGCUACUGUAGUUGAACUAGCUGAAAAAUCAGGUAGCUUCAAAAGCCAUAAGCUCAAUUUGGUUACAGGUGGCAGAGGGACUUACUUAGAAUGCUGAAGCUAUGUUUUUAGGAUCUCUAAGGGAUGUAGUGGGAUCUGCUGUUAAACUAAAGCAUGACCAAGAGAAAUCUGGGUAAAUGUCAGGUGCUCAGCUGUGAGCAGCAUUUGGGCUUCUAGAGAUCAGGAAACAUGCAAGGUACAGAAACUUUGUAAUUUUUGGUCAUUUUGGUUGAGUGGGUAACAUGGAGGAUUUGGUUUUGGUGUCUGGCUAACUCUGUAACUGCACAGCUCAAAGUUAAAAAGAGCCCACUGUAGGUAAAGUGGAGGGCAACUGCUAGAUCUGGGUUGUCCUUUCCCCUUAUGCUAUGAAACACUAAUAGCCAGGCUCUCCAUCUGGAUAGAGGCCCAGAAAAGAGGAGCUGGCAAAAGGUGAUGAAGAUUGUGUUCUGAAGAGCCAAGAAGGAUCAAACUUGUAUGUAACUGUAAUGAAAAGCUUACAUAGAUGCCAGAGGAAUGGAUGAGUAGUUUUGUGUAGUCUUAACUAGAGAGACUAGUUUCUUCUAUGUUUUUUAUUGUUUUCAGAAUGCUGGGAGAAAAGUGCCUGGUGGCUCAGUUGGUUAAGAGCUGGACUGAGGGUCAUGAGAUUGAGCCCCACAUCUCCAUGCUCAGUGGGGAGUCUGCUUGAGAUUUUCUUUUUCCUCUUCCUCUCCCUGCCCUCACUCACUCUCUCUAAUAAUAAAUACAUUUUUCAAAAAAACAAAAAACAAAACAAAACCACUGGGUGAGUGUGUGCAGGGCUGUUCACUGAUCUCCCUCACUGCUCCUUCUCUGGUCCCGAUGGAUAGAUAGAUACCAGGUGCCCUUUCUUUCUUGGAGACUGUUAGUUUUGGUUGCUACGCCGCACACUCUCUUGGUGUGGUCUGCUUUCUUGCCUCCACCUUGCUUAAGAGUGGAAGGGGAAUUGGAUGGUGUCACCAGCUCUUCUUUUUGUUCUCUGUCCACCCCGCUAAACUGGAUUAGCUCAAAGUUAAACAGAACAAAACACUGUAGGUAAUUUGGAGGGCGAUGGUUGGAUCUGGGCUUGUUCCUUCCCCAUAUAAUUCGAUCUCUGGUUAUAUGUUCCCAUAUCAUCCUAUACUUCCUUUUUCAGAAUAAUCAAUUCCCUUGUAAUUGCUUAGCAUCUGUGUCCUAUUUGACUACCAACUUGCUGAAGGUAGGGACUAUUUGUCUUGGACUCUGUUGCCAGUGUCUGGUGCAUACUAUUUUCUCAAAUAGAACUGAUCCUUGAACAACACAGGUGUGAGUUGCACAGGCCCACUUACACCCAGAUUGUUUUUUUGAUAAAUAUAGUACAGUACUGUAAAUGUAUUAUGAUUUUUUAGUGUUUUCUUUUUCCCUAGAUUACUUUAUUAUAAGAAUACAGUAUAUAAUGUUGCUAUAACAAAAAUAUCUGUUGACUGUUUAUAUUAUUGGAAAGGCUUCUGGUCAAUAGUAGGCUAUUAGUAAAGUUCUGGGAGAGUUAUAAGUUAUAUUCAGAGUUCCUGCUGUGUGGGGCACCCCUACCGCCUGCUUGUUCAAGGGUCACCUGUAUUUGUUGUUAGAAUAAAUGAAUGAACUAAAUAAAUAA